AAACAGGUAAAGACAUGAUUUGCUCUGACGACAUGCCAGCAUGGUUGGUUUAAUGACAUUUUCACUACUUCAUCUGAAUGUCCCGUUGAGCCUAAUGAGGGAUACAUCCUCUUCCCCUGGAGCUAAAGUCCUGCCUCUGUGGGAGCAGCUGAUAGCAGCUGGACUUUGGCCUGAAAGGGAACCAGCACAACAAGGAAGAGCAGCAGAGCAGAUUCCUGACCGUCACCACAGAGUUUUGUGUCUCAGUUGAUGAAAACAUUUGCAAACGUCUGGUGGAAUGGACCAGGGCAAUGGGAGCAGUAUCGGUGAAGAUUUACCUCGACCUCCUCCAUACAGCCCUCAGGAGUAUGGACAGACUUCUUACACAGGGAUGAGCUAUGAGGUGGGGAAGGGCAACGUUGCCGUGGUCUCCUAUCCUGGUCCCUAUGAGAACAUGGUCCAUCCUGUGGGCCCAGCAGCACCACCAGCACCAAACUUCCUGCAGUACGGUGACUCUCCGCCCGUGUACUCUGACGACCAGCAGGAAAGCGUCUUCAGUGAUGCUGCCAUACGAAGAGGUUUUAUUAGGAAAGUCUACUUGACCUUGUUGAUUCAGCUGCUGUUGACUGUCGGGAUCAUCUGUGCUUUUCUUUACUGGGAAGACCUCAGGGAAUGGGUUGUGGACAGCCGCUGGUUUACCUACUGCAUGAUGGUGCUGGUGUUGGUGUUCAUUGUAGCCUUUUCCUGCUGUGACAACCUCCGUCGUCAAGUACCCCUCAAUUUUAUUGCCCUGGGCCUGUUUACUAUUGUAGAAGGCAUGAUGCUUGGAUCUGUGUCAGCGUUAUUUAAAGCUGAAGCUGUUAUGUGGGCCGUGGGGGCGACAGCGCUGGUGUCCUUCUCCUUGAGUUUGUUUGCCAUGCAGUCAAAGUGGGACUUCACCACAGCAAGUGGGAGCUUGUGGGUGUUUGGCUGGACCCUCUUGUCAUUUGCAUUGCUUUGUGCGAUCCUCCGAUCACAGUAUCUUUACAUCACAUACGCCUGCCUGGGAACCUUGCUGUUUUCUUUAUACUUGGUGUUUGAUACCCAGCUUAUCUUGGGGGGGAAACACAGGAAGUAUCAAGUCUCUCCAGAGGAGUAUAUAUUUGCUGCGCUCAACCUGUAUUUGGACAUUGUCUCCCUGUUCCUCCUCCUGCUGCAGUUAAUUGGCCUCUGCCGCUGACAUGGAGGCUCCAUGACAGGCCUCCCUAAAGAAACGCUGACACUCUGCCCACACACACAAUCCAAUUGUUGAGUUUGUCAUAAAUUUAGAGUCAUAUUGAAUGAGGAUUCAUACAUUUUUAACUCUGCAUACAUCCGCUGUCACAUUUAAGUACACAUGCAUGUCUGUGCGGUAAGAUACGGCUCUAAUUUCUGUCAUGUAUCAACGGUUUUGUGUUAUUGUGCACUGCAAUAUGCUUUGUGUAUUUUUUCACCCCAUAACUGUUAAAGUUGACAUGUAUUUCUACCCACAAGUCAUUUCAUAAUGAAUGCACUUUAUAUUUGCUUGCUGUUAAUACUGUGCUUAAGCUUGAACUUACAUAUGAGUCUCUCAGCAUCUGAUUUAGUAUCAAGUUAAAAUCAUCUCACUCAACCACUGUUUAAAAUACAUUUUCUCAUUUGUCCUUUAGUUUAAAUCCAUCUUCAGGAUGCAAAAUAUGUUUCCAAUAAAAGCCAGAAUCUCUCAGCCUAAGCAUUAAA